UUCCGCGGUGUGGUUGCUCCUCCUCUCGGUCCAUGCUGUCUCUGCGUAGCGCAACAUCAGCACUCCUCCUCAGGACCGGUACACAGAUUGCCACCGUCCACGCUGUUUCUAGGGUUCGAUCCAGUCCCAUACGUCUGUGUGCUUCCCCUCCGAUCAGAGCGCUCUCACUGUCCGGCUGUUUGUGUAAGAAGAAGAAGAGAAGCGCGUGGCUGGAGAUGACGGAAGGGCAGAAUAUGGAUGGCAGUAUUGAAGAGGUUCUGGCUCCCCUGAGGCUGGCAGUGAAGGAGCAGGGUGAUCUUGUGCGUAAAUUGAAGGCAGAAAACGCUCCUGAUGUAGAUGUCAAUAAGGCCGUUGCAGAACUGAAAGCUCGCAAGAGAAUCCUUGAGGCCAAGGAGCUUGCCUUACAGCCCAAAGAUGACAUUGUAGAUCGAACCAAGAUGGAAGACACUCUAAAAAGACGUUUCUUUUACGAUCAGGCUUUUGCUAUCUAUGGCGGUGUGAGUGGGCUGUAUGACUUUGGGCCCGUCGGCUGUGCUCUGAAGAACAAUAUCCUUCAGGUCUGGAGGCAACACUUCAUCCAGGAGGAGCAGAUUCUGGAGAUCGACUGCACCAUGCUUACACCAGAACCCGUCCUCAAGACAUCAGGGCAUGUUGAUAAGUUUGCUGACUACAUGGUGAAGGAUGUCAAGAAUGGAGAGUGUUUCCGCGCUGACCACCUUCUUAAAGCUCAUCUACAGAAAUUAAUGAGUGACAAAAAAUGUACAGCAGAAAAGAAAACUGAGAUGGAGAGUGUCAUCACUCAGAUGGAUAACUACACUCAGCAGGAGUUGGCAGAUUUGUUUGUGCAAUACAAUGUCAAGUCUCCCAUUACAGGAAAUGACCUCACACCUCCCAUCUCAUUCAACCUGAUGUUCCAGACCUCCAUUGGGCCCGGGGGCAACAUGCAAGGCUAUUUAAGGCCAGAAACCGCUCAGGGAAUCUUCCUCAACUUCAAACGUCUUUUGGAGUUCAACCAGGGGAAGCUGCCAUUUGCUGCUGCCCAGAUCGGAAACUCCUUCAGGAAUGAGAUCUCUCCUCGCUCUGGCUUGAUUCGUGUCAGAGAGUUUACGAUGGCUGAGAUUGAGCACUUUGUAGACCCGAAUGAGAAGGUUCAUUCCAAGUUCUCUAAUGUUGCUGAUCUGGAGAUCAUGCUUUACUCCUCCAAAGCACAGACUAGUGGGCAAUCUGCCCAGAUAAUGAGGCUGGGAGAUGCAGUGGAGCAGGGCAUCAUCAACAACUCCGUCUUGGGUUACUUCAUUGGAAGGAUCUACCUUUAUCUGGUCAAAGUGGGCGUGGCAAAUGACAAGCUUCGUUUCCGUCAGCAUAUGGACAAUGAGAUGGCCCACUAUGCUUGUGACUGCUGGGACGCCGAGACCAAAACCUCUUAUGGGUGGAUUGAGAUCGUGGGGUGUGCUGAUCGCUCGUGUUAUGACCUUCUGUGCCACGCACGGGCAACCAAAGUCCCUCUGGUUGCUGAGAAACCCUUAAAGGAACCCAAAGUUGUAAAUGUUGUCCAGUUCGAGCCAAACAAAGGAGCCAUCGGCAAAGCAUAUAAGAAGGAUGCCAAGCUUGCCAUGGAGUACCUGGCCAUCUGUGAUGAAUGCUAUAUCACAGAGCAGGAGAAACUGCUCAAUGAGAAUGGUGAGUUCACCAUUGAGACUGAAGGCAAGACUUUCAAACUCACCAAAGACAUGGUCAGUGUCAAGAGGUUCCAGAAGACCCUGCAUGUUGAGGAGGUUGUUCCUAAUGUGAUCGAACCCUCCUUUGGCAUCGGAAGAAUCAUGUACUCCAUCUUUGAGCACACAUUCCGUAUCAGAGAGGGCGACGAACAAAGAACGUAUUUUAGCUUCCCUGCAACUGUUGCACCAUACAAAUGCUCCGUCCUUCCAUUGAGCCAAAAUCAGGAAUUUAUGCCAUUCGUUCGAGAAUUAUCUGAAGCCCUGACCAGGAAUGGUGUCUCCCACAAGGUGGAUGAUUCCUCAGGAUCUAUUGGUAGGCGCUAUGCCAGAACGGAUGAGAUCGGCGUUGCAUUCGGUAUCACCAUUGAUUUUGACACCGUUAAUAAGACGCCCCACACGGCCACUCUGAGAGACCGUGACUCCAUGAGGCAGAUCAGGGCUGAGGUUAGCGAGUUGCCCGAAAUCAUUCGUGAUCUGGCCAAUGGUGCCAUCACAUGGGCAGAGGUGGAAAGCAAGUACCCCAUCUUUGAAGGCCAGGAGACGAGCAAAAAAGAAACUGUGGAGGAGUAGACUCUCUAUUCGUCUAUCAUCUGCCUUUUCACUGGAGGCAGUCACAGACAUUUUUACAUCUGCAUUCAUAGGAUCAAAUUUAUGGCAAUUAUAAUGUACAAACAAUCAGUGUGCACCAGAUGUUCCACACAGCUGGAACCAUUGUAAUCAAGUAUUCCUUUAAAACUCAAGGAAGCUCUGUAAGGACCUAAAUAUGACUGUAAUUAGGUUACUGUACUUGUAAAAGGAUUUCACCAUUCCUGUUUGUGGGUUAAAAAAAUGAAGACAUGAAUCUUGCAUAUGGUCAAAUAAAUCAAACCAGCACUUUCUGGACCUAUAAAA